UCCGUCAACUUUUUACGUCACGUCCGGCUACAGACCCUGAACACGAAGGCUGCCAUGUUGCAGUGGCGAAGCUGAGCAGCCUGAACAGUGAUUGUGGUGGAUUAGUGUCCAGGCAGUGAACUGAAAGAGGCUUCGCGAGUCACCUGCUGAGGCUUUACGGCGGUUUGUAGGAUUCAGAAAGCCUCCUAAGGGACAGGAUGAGCGGAGGAACGCCGUACAUCGGGAGUAAAAUCAGCCUGAUUUCGAAGGCCGAGAUUCGCUAUGAGGGAAUCCUCUACACCAUCGACACCGAGAACUCCACUGUCGCACUCGCCAAAGUGCGCUCUUUUGGAACCGAGGAUCGGCCCACUGACAGGCCUAUCCUGCCCCGUGAUGAAACCUACGAGUACAUCAUUUUUAGAGGGAGUGACAUUAAAGACUUGACUGUUUGUGAACCCCCCAAGCCACCUCUGCCUCAGGACCCUGCCAUUGUCCAGUCUUCGAUGGGAUCUCCUGCUGCACCCUCAGCUUUUCAGAGUGGGAACUCGUAUGGGCUGUUUAAACAAGCUCCAGUGUCUCCGUACAGCCAGUUCACCUCUAACACAUUAGUCUCACCACCAUUCGGGACUGUUGGAGGACGCAGCAGUCCUGCCCAUGACCCGUUACAGAAGAGUCCGCCUGUAGAGCCAUCAGCACCAUUGGCCUCCUCAGUCAGCAGUGCUGCACCUGUGCCAGUGAGCCGCAGGAGCCCCAUCACAGCACGACUUGGCACAACCAGUACUCAUAAGGCCUCUGAUGUCCCAGAACAGAGGAGGGGUGAAGGCAGGUCCAGAUUGCGCACAGGAAUUGGAUUUGCAGCAGCAGAUGCUAAUGUUCAUUCGGGUUUCCAAUCAGCAGCCUCUGGGCCUGUCGGGCUGCCUGGUCAACGCCGUGGUCGUGGUGGGGGACAUCGUGGAAGAGGCCGUUUCCCUGUGAGAAGAGAUGGACCCAUGAAAUUUGAGAAAGAUUUUGAUUUUGAGAGUGCUAAUGCUCAAUUCAACAAGGAGGAGAUUGACAAGGAGUUCCAGAGCAAACUCAAGCUCAAAGAUGAAAAGCCAGAGAAGGCUUUGAAUGGAGAAGAUAAAGGUGACUCUGGGGUAGAUACUCAAAACAGUGAGGGGAACGCUGAUGAGGAAGAUCCACUGGGACCCAAAUGUUACUAUGACAAGUCCAAAUCUUUCUUUGACAACAUCUCCUGUGAUGACAUUAGGGAAAGAAGACAGACGUGGGCAGAGGAGAGGCGAAUGAAUGCUGAGACAUUCGGCGUCCCAUUUCGCCAUAACAGAAACCGGGGUGGCUAUCGGGGACGUGGGGGAAUGGGCUUCCGUGGAGGACGUGGUCGUGGAGCAAGUCGGGGGUCUUUUGCCCCACCACAUGCAGGGGGUGGAGGAUUCAGAGGCGGUUACAGAGGAGGCCAGGGAGGAAGGGAAUUCUCCAGUUUUGAAUACAGGAAGGACAACAAAGUGUCUGCAUAGUGCAAAAAGGAGUUGGAGCCACAGAAGGUGUAACUCAUGGGUUUAGGUAUUUCAUAACUACUUUUGACAAGGAUGAAGUAAAAAAAAAAAUGACAAGAGGUAUACUCGUCACCAGCACUGGUAAAGACCACUGGAGGAGUGGAUAUAAAUGCAAUCUUCUAAGAGUGAAAAUGUUUCAACCUUUUAAAUUGUUAAUCUGAUUAAUAUUUCCAGAUUUGGUAAUUUGUGUAUGAACAUAUUUUAGAGCAACUAAUGUUUUUUUUUUUUUGUUUGUUUUUGUUUUUUCUUUAGUACUAAACUUGUAUUUAAUUACCAGUUAGCUGUAAACAUGUAGUGUAUAUAUGCCUUUGAUCACUGAAAUAGCUUUAUUAUUUUGAAAACCCUUUUUUUUUUUUUUUUUUUUUUUUCCCGUUCCAACUUUUUACUGUAUUUUUCUACUUACUCACAUUCUUGAAGUCUGAUGAUAGGAGGAGUUGUUAUUCUAGCAUGUGGGUGGAUUUCCUUAGACUGUCCAAACUACUCUGGUACAAUAUAUGUUUGUGUUUUCUCACAAAAGAAUAAGGUUCCUUGCUUAAGAAAAUGUCUAAUCAGUGGGACUAGUGAACAUGGAGGUUAAGGGCUGAGUGACUAGCAACUGUUCCCCCCCCCAAAAAGGUAUUGAUUUAUUUCCUGUGCAUAGCUACAUUGUUUAGAAUUGUUUUUUUGUUUUUUUUAAGGUGCUGCUGGAACCUCACUUCAAACAGCACCAUUCAGUAGGCACUUAAUAUCAACUUUAAGUACAGCUACAAGGCAGAUGCAGCAUAAUGAGCUACAUGAGAAGGCCUGGGGCUUCAUACAUAUAUAAACAUUUACCAAACAUGAGCAUUUUAAGCAUAAAGCAUUAGUUGUGAUAUUAGAGAGGAAAGCACUGGCCCUGUCAAAUGGAUAAAUCCUUAGUCUUUAUUUCUUAAGUGAAUUGGUGCAUAUGAUAAACUGCUUCCUGUGAUUUUGCAUGUAUAGCCACAUGAUGCUCGUGAUGCUGGUAUACUUGGAGUUUAAAUGGUGCAGAGUGUUGAGUUGAGCGAAUAUAAUAAAAUGGCCACUAAGGGUGUUGUUUAGCACUUCUAGUUUACAUGAAAUUGCUAAAUAUUAGCGUUGUUCCUGCACUAUGUCUCAGUGAGUAGUUAAAGCUGUAGAGUGAGGUCCCAGAACAUAGAUUUGUCCUGCUUGACUACAAAAGGCUGUUUACUUCAGUUAGUUAUUCUUGCAUUGUCUACACCACUAUAUGGAUUGAUGUGUAUAAUGUUGGCAAUUAGAUAUAGAGCUAAUAACUAAUCCUUGAUCUGAUUUCAAAAGCAUGUUAAUUUGAUGAAAUGUGACUGGAUAUCAUAAUUUGGCUUGACUGUGCUCAGAGUGCAUGUCCACAACAUAAGCUCCUGUCUUCACUGUGGUGCGUGUGAGCCCUAUACACUGAUUUUAUUUCUAGUUCGGUUUUGUGUAUACAUAUAUGAACAUUUUGGACUUUUCAGUGGCUCACUGUUAUUCAGUUACAAAAGUUGAGAUUUGUUUAAAUCUCUGAUCUGUCAAAAUAUAUAUUAAAAAAAGUUAAUUAAAUUGCAGUUUCUUAAAAUGUUUUAAAUAGUUAUUACUGAUUGUUGAUCUCUCAAAUAUUUUUCACAAAUUUAGUGAAUCUGCCUAUUUAAAGUAAGCUUCUAAAUCUUUCUACCUCACCUAGCUUAAUGAUAUAAAAUGUUUUUUUGCUCUAUACAACACUACAUGCUCUGUACAACACUACAUUCAUCUCUCUCUCUCUCUCUCUCUCUCUCUCUCUCUCUCUCUCUCUCUCUCUCUCUCUCUCUCUCUCUCUAUAUAUAUAUAUAUAUAUAUAUAUAUAUAUAUAUAUAUAUAUAUAUAUAUAAAAUUUGUCACCAAUGUUUAAAAGAUUGUAUUUUAAUUUGUAAACUUCUCAGACACAAGUGCAGAAUAUUUAAGGAACAUCAAAGUUUGAUUCAUUUGCAUGGGUAAAUGUAACUUGUAAUAAGAUCCUGACAGCAAAGCAACAACACUUAAUACAGCCUUAGCUCUUCAUUUCUCCAAACCCUUUGCUCUUUUUUUUCAAAGCCCCAGUUACAUGUUUAACAAUAUUUUAUUACAAAAUUAUUUUAUUCCUUGUAAUGCAUAAAUUGGGGGGGGGAAGCCAAAAUCGCCUGCUCAUUGUUGGAUCUUUUGAGUUAUUAAAUGGAGGGAUGAAUGUGAACUUGUAAAACACCAAAAAUAUUUCAAUAGUGCUACAUUAAUUUUGUUUUGUUUAGUCAUUAGGUCUAAUUAGAUGUACAAUACUGUAAGGUUUUCUGUCAAGCUGCCUGGUGUGUGAUGGGGUUGGUUUGUUUGUUUUUGGGCAAUUUUUAGUAUUAGCAAUAAUUUUUGUCCUUAUUUAAACGUUUUACUCCCUGGAAAGAUGAAUUACUUUGGGGUACUGUAUAUCACCAGAGCAUGAAAAAAAGCAUAUACAAAAGCAUUUUAUUUGAGAAAAAAUAAUUAGAAAUGCACUUUUGCACUUAAUCUCAUCUAUCCAGUUCUCAAUUUCCAAUAGCUGGUUUCACUCUGUUUAAACAUUUAUAAAGGAGCUCUGACUAUUGUACAAUUUUCCACAGUCUUAAGCAGAUGCACACUCUAAGUAUAAAGCUGUCAUCUUAUAAAAUGUUACAAACUACACAAAGAACUAAUAACUGUAUGUCCUUCAAGAGAGGAAACAAUUUAACUUUGUAUGUUAUUUUUUCCAUUUAUUGUAUUCUGGCCUAUAGUUGCAUUUGUUUCAGGGCAAACAUUGUAUUCUUAUUUGUUGAAUUGAUUUAAUCCUAAAUGAUCAGCACUCUUUGUCAGGAUGUGUUUUAUUCACUGUUGAACAGUCAGUGCAUGCCUGUGUUGCCACAACCCAUAAUUAAAGGUCUGGCAAUGCUUGUGAGGCGGAUACUGUUACAGAAAUGUUGUACAAUUGUGAGCUGAAAUAUCACCACUUGCUUCAGUAAGGUUUAACUUCACAUUUUUGUCUUUCAAGCAUGAGGGGUGUAGCUCAGUGUAAAGGGAUUUUUACUCUGAAACUACAAUAAACUGUUAAUUAUUA